GCGUGCUUUCACUUGGCGCACAUCAAAUUGAAGGGACCUUCCAUGUGCUUUGUGUAUCAGAGGUAACGAUGAAAGCAGAGACAGUGCCCGUGGAUUUGUCUUGUCCCGUGUAAUCCCGACAGCCAUCACGUUUGUUCCCUGUCCAAUUGAAUUCCAGCCCUCUGCCGAAAAAGCUGCCCGGCCUUAGGUUCACAGGGACAAGAUUAGUGUUCUUGAAGAUUACGAAGUCCUGAUAGUAUCGAGCUUUCAGAAGUUUUAACGUACACUGCCAGUGUGUCAGGAGAUGACUGUAGAAGAGCAAAAUAUGAAAGUUUCUAUUACAUGAUUAGUGUUCGGCUCGUUAGCUGCAAAUUCAGAAUUAGUGACUUAUUUUUUUUAAGGCAAGCUGAGCAAAUGGCACUGCAAAGAGGCAAAAAGCAGUGUUAUAUGGAGCAAAGCGUAGAGUGACAUUGAUGAUUGCAUUUCGUGGUGUCUGAAAGGCUUUUCUGCAGUUUUUCCCUCCAGUAAUGGACUUAUGUGCUACAGUGCUUUUUCAGAAGUUUGUACUUUCCACAAUAUCAUAGAAAGGUUGGGGUUAGAAUCAUAUAGUUUCACGCCCCCAAAGGCGUCUUGCUUUUCUUCUCUCCACCUUUCAACACGUUCUUUUAUGUUACAGAAAGUAAGCAGUGUUGUAUAAUGUGGUCAAAUGAAUUUGCAAUCUAUUGUAGUUUCAUCAGUGAAAUAGUUUCAGUAAAAGUAAUAUACUUUGAAGUUGAAUUUUAGAUCCUUCUGGCAGUGUUUUUGGAUAUAUUUUUUCCUCCAGAGUAGGAAAAAAAAUACGAAAAUGCUAAUUUUGAAAUUCAAAACUUGUCUGCUUCUGUCCUCUUUGUGAAGGAAGGGACUUUUAAUAGGCCUUUUAUGAGAGGGAUGAUAGUUUUGAGGAAGUUCGGUACUACUUGGGAUGAUUUAUUAACUGUAACAAUUCAUUUCCUUGCAGUGGUGAGCUGUUUUAAAGGGACAUGUUAAAUUUCAUCAGAAAGCUUCUUCCAAGGAAAAAGGCUGUCAGGGGCAGAAUCACGUUGGAAUUCUGCUGUGGUCUCCUGAAUGGGCGGGUUUGCUUUCACUUGAGAGAGUCCAUGGGAGACGUGUUCCCAGGCAUAGCUGGGUAGUUAAGUCAUUUGGAUUCUAAUUUUGUGAGGACUCGUAUCACAAGCAUGUGCAUGAGAUAUUGUAAGGCUGGGCACUACAAAUGGUGUGUGUCAUCUGUGUUUUACUUAGCGCAAUGGGGCUGGCUCUAAGCUGAGAGACAAGCCCAUUUGCUCAUGCAUGUGACUGGGUCAAACAUAAUAGUAAGUCACUGAGUUGAAAGUCUCAUUCGUAGUACACAUUCCUCUAAAACCCCAGUAUCUUGAACCUUCCUCAUGUUCCUGUCAGAAAAAUUAUUUUCAUUAAAGCCUACCUUAAGGUACAUAAUAGGUUGUCUUCUUAACCUGUCACAGACUUGAAUGGAUGUAAUGUGAAAAUCAACUUGUUCAUUCUGGAGGUUUAAAUUACUAGUUUUGAAAUGUUGCAUAAUGUCUGGUUAUUUUAAUUAGAAAAUAAAUGGUCUGAUAUGAUACUGUGUUUUUUGAGGUUAUAUGGAGAAUGCAUAGAUUGCAAAAUGAUUUCUUAGAGACAAAUCACAGUUCCCAGGUUUCCCUUUGGGACUAAGAGCUUGUGGAGUAUUUGAGGCUUUCAGAUGAAACUUUUAUGAGGCAUAAAUGUUUAUGUUGAUGAGAAUGUUAAAAUAUAGUAGCUCUUGGGCUCUUGACAAGGAUCACCUGUGCACUCAGCAAACAUAGAAAGCCUCCAUGGAGGAGCUUAGAUUUAAAUCCGUUAGGUGAAUUGCCAGGUCAGGUUUCAUUCCCAGCCUUUCCCUUUGACAAAUGUGCUCUCUGCAUAACCUGGCACACUUCCUCUCUCUCACAAAUGGAAGAUUGGGUACAAAGCUUAUCCUCAGGUCUCCCACAGGACUGUGUGGGUCGUUUUGUUAGCAGAAGUGGAAGUUACACCUGUGAAUCACUGCUCUCGCGUGUUACAUCCAGUGUUACCAAGCAGUCAGCCCUUCCAAGAGCAAGGUGUGUGAAAUUCAAGCAGGGGAUCUGAUCUUGCUACAUAGGAAAUGAGAAGCCUGACAGUGUGACCUUCCCUGCCUGCAUACUCUUUUCUUUGAAGAGAACUGGUGCCCAAACCUCGUACACUACAGAAAAACUGAAGACUGCCCAUCUCUAAUUAUCUUCUGAGGUUAAAUAGUUUGACUGGAGUGACUCUGUCUAAUCUCUGAUACUUCCAUGGGAUUAUGGCAGUACAGCAUACUUAAAACCUGCGGUUUAUAAGCAGUGUCUUUCAGUGUGUUAGCUUAUACUUGGUAGGAUGUACUUGAAAGAGUUUGAUUUACUGGAAUCUUGUAGUGUCCCUGCUUAGGAGAAUUACAGCUGUUGUUUUGUUAAUGCUGUUCUGUUUAAUUAUGCAAGUAUAUGUAUUAAAAAGACUACUCAAGUGAGAAUUUUAGGCAUGAGAUCUUUUCUUUAAAUGUGUUUUCUUUCUGUUCCAGGAAAAACAGCCCUUUUGGCAUUUGCUGCCCUCAGUUGCUAGAAUUGAAAUGGUGAGGCUGAAGGUUUUGAAGCAGAUGUUGGAAGAUGUUAGCUGUGGAUACUGGGGUUGUGGAGGAGUGGUUAUCAGAGUUCAAGACACUGCCAGAAGCAUCCAUAUCCAGCUAUGCUACCAGCUUGAAAGACAAGACUGCUUUGAUUUCAUCUCUUUACAAAGUAAUUCAGGAGCCACAGAGUGAACUUCUGGAGCCAGUUUGCCAUCAGCUCUUUGAGUUUUAUCGCAGUGGAGAGGAGCAAUUGCUACGGUUUACACUGCAGUUCCUGCCAGAAUUGAUGUGGUGCUAUCUUGCUGUCUCAGCCAGCAGAGAUUUGCAGAGCAGUGGAUGCAUAGAGGCUCUUCUCCUAGGAGUUUAUAACUUGGAGAUAGUUGACAAAGAAGGACAUAGCAAAGUGCUGAGUUUCACAAUUCCAUCAUUGUCCAAACCUUCCGUCUAUCAUGAACCUUCCAGCAUUGGCUCCAUGGCUCUCACUGAAGGAGCUUUGUCACAGCAUGGUUUGUCCAGAGUUGUGUACAGUGGACCUCAUCCUCAGAGGGAGAUGCUGACAGCCCAGAACAGGUUUGAAGUGCUGACUUUCCUUCUGCUCUGUUACAAUGCUGCCUUAAGCUACAUGCCUCCAAUGUCUCUUCAGUCAUUGUGUCAAAUUUGUUCAAGAAUUUGUGUGUGUGGAUAUCCUCGCCAACAAGUGAGAAAGUACAAGGGAGUCAACAGUAGGAUUCCAGUUUCAUCUGAAUUCAUGGUGCAAAUGCUCACAGGGAUCUAUUAUGCCUUUUAUAAUGGGGAAUGGGAUCUGGCUCGUAAAGCUAUGGAUGACGUUUUGUACAGAGCACAGCUUGAACUGUAUCCAGAGCCUCUGCUGGUUGCUAAUGCAAUAAAAGCUUCACUGCCUCAGGGUGCCAUGAAAUCUAGUAAAGAAGGUGCAAGAUGCAUUCAGGUUGAAAUUACCCCUACUUCAUCCAGAAUAUCAAGAAAUGCUGUGACUAGCAUGUCUAUAAGAGGGCAUAGAUGGAAAAGGCAUGAUAAUUCUGAUUUAGCAAUUGAAGAAGAACUGAUAGAAGUAUCUGAAACCGAUGAAGGGUUUUACUCUAGGGCUACUUCUGGUACAAGUCAGUCUGCCCUGUCUAACAGCAGCAUCACGAGCAGCAAGAACCUCUUAGGGAAGAGCCAACGAAGGUCUGGAGGAAGCAAACCUGGAGGGAAAGAAAAAGAAGGGGAAACCUGCAGAGAGCAUUUAUCACGGAAACAAACUCAGAGAGCCAUGAGUGAGAAUCUAGAGCUUGUCUCUCUGAAGAGACUGACACUGACAACCAGCCAGUCCCUGCCUAAGCCUGGCAGCCAUAGCCUGGCCAGAACGACCACUACUGUGUUUAGUAAAUCCUUUGAACAGGUCAGCGGUGUCCCAGUUCCAAAUAAUCGUGGUGGCGUCUCUGGUACAGAGGCAAACAGGUUUUCAGCUUGCAGUCUUCAGGAGGAAAAAUUAAUAUAUGGAACAGAAAGAACAGAUCUUCCUAUUAUAAGCAAACAUCCUAAUCAGCAGCGGCCUCCUAGUAUUAGCAUAACUCUGUCAACAGAUUGAUAUUAAAUUGGCCAGUAUAAAAAAUAGAUUACUGAGACUUUAUCCUGAUACUGGUACGUUAAGCUCUUAAUAUGCCAUACAUUACUUCCUUGAGUCUCAAACCCGUAAAUUCUUACUUGGCACAUGCUUGACAGUAAUAGUGGAUAGACAACAGUUGAAAUUAUUUUGAGUCAACUUCUGUUAGCUUUACAGCUUCAUGAAAAGUUUAUACCUUCACCAGCUGAACAAGUGUUAAUUGGUUGGUUGCCACUGACCAAAGUGUGUGGCUUCUUACAGAUGUACAAUGUGGGAACAAGGAGAGUGUCUCUCCCAGAUUCUACUUUUUGUCUUCCAGUUGGCAUAGGCAAAACUGCAAGUACUUAGGGUUUUUUUAGUCUUGCAGUAUUGUUAUGCAAUUUUGGAAGAGCAUUGUAAGAACAAACAUUGUC